AUGAAGUUCAAAGCAAAAGCAUGUGUUUUGGCAACCUUGCUUGCCCUCAGUAUUGAUCCAACAUCUUCUAAGUUUGACCUAAUCCAGAACUCGAAAACUUCACUGUUUAAAACUGCGCACUUCAUCGGUUCAAUUUUGGCCUCGAUCUGCAACGACAACGAUGAUGUCUACCAGCUGACGAUAAUCAAUCUUCGCAAGGAAAUUUCAAGCAAGCGGAUCAUGAACGGUGCUCUCAAGGUACUCGGAAACUGUUCCUGUUCACGAAGGGUCAUUGACGACUACUAUAGAGAACCUCAGAACCGGUUCACCGGGGUUCACUACUUCGUGUUGUUCUUUGAUACGUCCAGAACGAACAUCAACUACCCUGAAAACUUCCUGAGGUUCCACAAGCUCUGCCACGGAAAUAAUCGAUACAUUUUUGUAGUCUCGCACAAACCCGGGUACUUCUGGCCCCGUGCAAUCUUGAUGAAGCGAGAUCGAUAUCGGAUGCACAAUGUCAUGCUGAUUCGAUACGAUGACAAAGCUUCACCGAAAGCAACCUUCUGGCACCCCUUUCUGUUUCAAGAGCUCGACUACGUUCCAGGCCAGAACGUUGAACAAACGUUCAGGUCGCACUACACAAACAUGAACAACUACACGUUCCUCGUACAGUAUUUUCGACUGCACUUCCGCGGCCUCAACGAAAUCCACUUCUAUCGGUACUUCUUCAGAACCAUUGCCGAGCGCAGAAAUGGUGGCAAGGCCGUCAUCAACCCCUACGACAGUGCCCAGCAGGAUUACUCGGACUUUUGGAUCAUGGACGCCGUCUACUUCGGCAUCCCAGACUACUUCCGACUGCUUCCGAUGAACGUGUUUCGCUACCUGUGCCUAAUAACUCCCUCGAGCAGUGAAAUCCCAUGGAUCCGGAUCAUCGUAGAUCCGUACGAGCAGCACGUCUGGAUCGCCUUCUUUAUCGUGUUCGAGCUGGUCGCGUUGCUCCUGUACCAAAUCGGUCGCACGGAUCGUGUCCAACGUGACUUCACCACCGCCCACUUUGAAGUGUACCAGGUGUUCAUGGAAGGUCCCCUGAACCGGCCACGAAGUCGCCCAGAAAAAAUCGUCGUCACCACGUUCGUGUUCUUCAGCAUGAUCCUCAUCACGAUCUACGAGUCCGUGCUCGUCUCCUCGAUGUCCAUCAAGCGGUUCUACCCGGAACUGAACACCAUCGAAGAGGUCAACAACUCCGCGUACCCGGUAGCGAUCAACCGAAAGAUGGCGGAACGAAACGGGAUCCACUUCAAGCAGAUGCUGGAUUGGGGAGAGCUGGUCAAAGGAAACGUCUACACGAUCACGACGACCUGUGAAGCGGUGGAUUACUUCCGGUCCAGUGCCACGGUGAAGAUGCACGUCGUCAAGGAGUAUCUUUCCUCGCAGAUCGAUACCUUGCUGAUUGCGACCUUUUCGCCGUACGACGCCAUGAUCAGUCACUACUGGAGCGUGUUUCUGGAGUCGGAGUUGGUUUCGUUCUGGAUGUUGUACCACUUUCCGCCAAAGUAUUUUGGACGAGAGAAUGAGAACGUUCCCAAGCCUUUGCUGUUGCACGAUAUGAAUAUUAGCUGGCUCAUGAACUUCCCCUCGACGUGA